AUGCCGUUCCUAGCAGAAAAAGGUUUUCCAAAUAGUUUACAAUAUGCUUAUCAGCGAGAGAAAAGCUGUUUGGAUGCCAGCAUGUCUUUGCAAGAAGCUGUUUUACACAAUAUCGAGAACGAUAGCAAAGUCUAUUGCUGCUUCUUAGAUUCGAAGAAAGCAUUCGAUACAGUAUGGAUCUCUGGACUUUUCUACAAAUUGUAUAACUUUGGAAUCCAAGGUAAGACUUGGCGUCUGCUUUGGAACUGGUAUACCAAGUCAGUCGAGUUUUAAUAGACUGUGUACCUUCUGCGGAAUUUCCUGUCUUGAAAGGUGUGCGACAGGGUGGCGUUCUUUCACCCUGGCUUUUCAUGAUUUACAACGACGAUCUGCCGAAAAUUUUUCAUCGAAAUGAGAAUCUUUAUUUGAAUAAUAUUCCAUGCAAUUAAAUCAUGGUUGCUGAUAUAUGAUAUUGCACUGUUAUCUACGCGUGUUAAAGGCAUGCAAGAAAUGUUGAGUUCCCUACAAAAAUAUAGCCUAAACUGGCAUUUUAUUUCACACAAAUGCGCAAUAGAAUGAAGAAUACAAGGAGAUGGACUCUUUUUGAUGUUCCAGUGCGGGAAGAAGAGUGCUGGACUCAUGUUGGUAUUGAAUUGUGUGGAAGCUUUUCAAGUACAAAAAGAGCAUUAGAUGCUUGUCGAAAGGGCAAAUCCGUAAUGGCAGGCCUUGCUAACAUCGGAGUGCGUCCAAAUGCACGGAAGCCAAUUUGUGGAGCAAACUUAUGGUGCACAAUAGGAAUUCCAACGACUCUUUAUGGAUGCGAACUGUGGAACAACCUAACAGCAAACGAAAUAAUGGCUAUGGAAAGGUGUAAACAUUUCAACGCCAAACGUCUUCAGGGUCUCGAUCUAAAUACAAGAUCAGAAGCAGUCACUGGUAGCCUAGGUUUAUGGUCUAUGGAAGUGGAAAUGGACAAAGCUAAGUUAGCUUUUUUUGGCAGGUUAUGUCACAUGAAUGCACAAUUGAUUUCAAAGCAAAUCUUUAUUGCUCGCCUAUUCUCGUACUUUACCGUUCCAGUGAAACAACGCUUUGGCUUAAUUCCAGAUAUUAUUCGUACACUUGAGAAGUAUAACUUAAGUUGCCACCUCACGACCUACAUAAAUGAGAAAAUUUUCCCUUCAAAAGCUGCAUGGAAAAUGAUUGUAUACAAUGAAAUUAAGAAAUUGGAGGUCGAAAAAUGGAAGAACGGUAUAUGCAACAAACAGGAACUUGUUUUCUACAAGGAAAUUCAUACAAAUCUUGAACCGUUGUACAUGCGGAGACUAGCGAAAAAGUAG